CUCUUUACAAUAUAUAAACAUCAAGUAAAGCUUUUUCAUUGCCUAAUUAUGGGGAUUCUAAGCUUAUGUUGUUUCUUGGUUUUCUCCAUACAUAAACUUGUUGAUGCUCAAAUAACGACUGAAUCCAAUGAAGUGAUUGCUAUAAAGAAAGUGAUAGAUUAUUGGGGUUUGAGUUCAAAGGUAAACUUGUCAAUUGACCCCUGCACUCGUGAUGCAUCUUGGGCUACAGAAAAUGCAAACCCACGAAUUGUUUGUGAUUGUUCGAACAACAUCUGCCACAUAACUCACUUGAAAUUAUAUGCUUUGGAUAUAUCUGGUGAACUCCCACAAGAACUUUUUCAACUUACUGAGCUUAUCGACUUGAACCUCGGACAGAAUGUAUUGAAUGGCUCUAUCCCUAAAGAAAUUGGAAGAUUAUUCAAAAUGCAAUAUUUGAGCCUUGGUAUCAAUAAUUUUAGCGGUGUCGUGCCUAUGGAGCUUGGGAAUCUCACGGAUUUGAAAUCUUUAAGCUUCAGUUCAAACAAUUUCAAUGGACCUUUGCCUAUUGAUUUAGGAAAGUUGACUUCCUUAGAGCAACUGUACAUAGACAGCAGUGGAGUGAGUGGACCAUUUCCUCAAGAACUUUCAAACUUGAAAUCACUUCAUACGCUGUGGGCUUCUGACAAUGGUUUUACUGGAAAGCUUCCUGAGUUUUUGGGAACUUUUACAAAUCUAAAAACACUGAGACUUGAAGGAACAUCUCUUGAAGGCCCAAUUCCUAGUAGUUAUGCAGCUUUGACAAAACUAGAAGAUCUGAGAAUUGGUGAUCUAGGUGGUGAAGAUUCGACACUUGAUUUCUUAGUUAACUUCACAAGCCUUUCCAUUCUCUCCUUGAGAAGCUCAAGAGUUGGUGGCGAAAUUCCUUCACAAAUUGGCACUUUCGCCAACUUACAAAUUCUGGACUUGAGCUUCAACAAAUUAAAAGGCGCCAUACCGGACUCUUUCCAAGAUUCACAAUCUUUGCAUUUCUUGUAUCUUGGAAGCAAUGACUUAAAUGGGGUGAUUCCACCGAAUAUCAUAACUCCACAGCUCCGGGCAUUAGAUGUCUCCUUCAAUUCCAUCACUGGGAAUUUGCCUGCUAAUUUCACGAAAAUUGGAAGAUCAAUGAAUGCUGUAGGAACUUUGGUAAAUGGAGAUGGCUUGCUAGAAGGGAAAACCUCUGAGAUCUCACGUUGCCUGGUAACUGAUAACCAGUGCACAGAGAAGGUUCCAGUCAAUUCCUUUGCUGUAAAAUGUGGUGGAUCUUCAAUGGUAUCUACAUAUGGUGUUGCAUUCGAUGAUGAUUCAGAAACCCUAGGAGCUUCAUCAGUCUACACAGGUUCGAACAACAGAUGGGUAGUAAGCAACACAGGGAGUUUCAUAUCGAACCCUAAUGGACCUCAAUACACGACACAGACAGCUUCUCAAAUCACAGCUACUUUAGAUUCCGAGUUGUAUAAAACAGCAAGAAUCUCACCAAAUUCGUUGAGGUAUUACGGAUUAGGAUUGAGAAACGCGAAAUACAAUGUCGAACUCCAUUUUUCUGAAAUACAAAUGGAUGAUGAUUCAAGAUCAUCAUGGAAAGGCCUCGGAAGACGCUUGUUCGAUGUUUACAUCCAGGGAGAAAGGGUUCUUCAAGAUUUCAACAUAAGAAACGAAGCACAGGGAUCAAAUAAAGCGUUGGUGAGAUCAUUUGAAGCGAACGUGACGAACACGAUCAUUGAUGUUCAUCUGGUGUGGGCUGGAAAGGGUACGUGUUGCAUUCCGGUUCAAAGCACAUUUGGCCCCUUGAUCUCGGCUAUACAUGUUUCACAAGUAUCUUCCCGUGGUGGUUCUUCCAACGAUAAGAAGCAGGUCGGAAGGAUCGUCGGAAUAACACUCGGAGGUGUCGCCGGAAUUUUCAUAGCAUGCUCUGUUUUUUACUUAUGGUGGAAGAAGAAGACCCCAGAACAUGUUCGUAUCCUUACAGAUUCGCCCAAGAAGAGCUUAACUUCCGUCUAGAUGAACAAAUCCUCCUUCUUGUGGCGUAUGUUCUGCAUUCUGCAUGUUGAAUCUGUUAUCUGUGUAUGCAUUGUAGUAAUAUUAAAAAUUGUGUGCGUCGUAUAACGAUUUAGCUAGAUGUCAAGGACUAAAUAUGAAAAAUAGUAAAAGUCUUGGGUCAAGGUUGACUUUCACUAGUGAGUUGCUAUUUCACAUUUCAUUCUAGUUUUCUUUUGCCAUUGUUGUAAUCUCAUUUCUCUCUUUGUAUAGGUAAGAAAUAAUGAUGCAACAUUUGUGGUCAUCUUGUUGGUUUCUCC